AACUGGGCGGCUUGCGUGAAUUGCAGGAGUUUGACAGCAACAGACGGCGACGCCGCGGAGUCAGAGUGUAUGGCCGAGGCCGUGAAGCCCCGCCGGGCCAAGGCCAAGGCCAGCCGGACCAAAGGCAAGGAAAAGAAGAAAGAUGAAGCCCCUCAGACUUCUGUUGAAGUUUCCCUUCCAGAGACUUCUAGAGAGCAGGAAAUCCCUUCUCUAGCUUGUGAACUCAAGGGAGACGAUCUGAGAGUGUCAGCUGAUUCCCAGCUCCACAGGGAUGUCAGUGGAUGGGACGAAAGUGAAAUGUUUGAUAUACCACUCACCUCCUUGACCGUAGGUGAUGAAGGCUCCCUAAUACUUGAAACAGAGGACCUGAAAGAAAGGGCAGAGAUCAGAGCCCAUGAUGGAGAUGGUGAAAUCAAGUUGAAGGUCGACCCUGGAGACAAUGUUAUAACUAAAGUUGAACCUUCCAAGAACUUUACAGAGACCGAGGAAAGCACACUGACGCAACAUGGACCUUCAGAAAGCACACCACAGUCUGGUUUCCCCUGUACUCAGCAGGAAACGGGAAGUUCACAAGUCAGAGAAACUCAGACCAGGAAAGAAGAUGAAGAAGCUCUUAGUUCAAAGCUGCUUCAGACUGCUAGCUCACAUACUUCUUAUGAAGCUAAAGAAGUUUCUCAGCCACCCAGAGUGAAGAAACUGUAUCCUGAGUUGCCUGCUGAAAUUGCGGAAGUACCAGCUUUGGUGGUUGUGAAGCCCUUGCUCCGCAGUGAGCGACUCUACCCAGAACUCCCAUCUCCACCGGAACUAGUACCAUUUACUAAAGACCAGCUAAAACUCUUGGAGCCUGGCUCAUGGCUGGAAAAUGUUGAGUCAUAUGUAGAAGAAUUUGAUGGCAUUGCUCAUCAGGAUAGGCAUGAGUUUUAUGAGUUGCUUCUGAACUACUCACGAUGCAGGAAGCAGUUGCUGUUGGCUGAAGCCGAGCUGCUGACUUUGAUGUCUGAUUGCCAAAACGCCAAAAGUCGACUGUGGAGCUUUAAGGAUGAACAAAUGGCUGUACAGGGUGUCUGCGCAGAUCAAGUGAAAGUUUACGGUCAUCACCAUUACCAGAGAGUAGAGAUGAAUGAAAAUGUCCUGGGAGAACUGAAGAAGCUGUUUGAUGCCAAAUCUGAGCACCUCCACCAGACACUGGCCCUUCACUCUUACACUUCUGUGCUCUCAAGGUUGCAAGUGGAGUCGUACAUCUACACACUGCUCAAUAGCUCAGCUGUCCUGAGGUCUUUAGCAGUUUCCCAGCAAGACCAAGGCUCUAAACUGACAGGCAGCAUUCCCUCUGACGUGUGUCAGCUGAAGGAGUGCAUCAGCGUCUUGUUCAUGUUCACCAGGAGAGUGAGUGAGGACGCCCAGUUCCAUGAGGACAUCCUUCUCUGGCUGCAGAAGCUGGUGUCAGUGUUACAAAGAGUUGGCUGUCCUGGAGAUCACUUCUUCCUUCUCAACCACAUUCUUCGGUGCCCAGCUGGCGUCAGUAAGUGGGCUGUUCCUUUUAUACAGAUCAAAGUGUUGAAUAACCCUUCAGGGGUCUUUCAUUUUAUGCAGUCCCUUGCCCUGCUGAUGUCUCCUGUCAAAAAUCGAGCAGAGUUUAUGUGUCACAUGAAGCCCAGUGAGUGGAAGCCAUCAUCUUCAGGACCUGCAUCUGGGAACUGGACGCUCGUAGAUGAAGGAGGAGAAGAGGAUGAAGACCCUGAGACCAGUUGGAUUCUACUUAAUGAAGAUGACUUGGUCGUCCUUUUGUCCCAGUUUCCCUUUCAUGAGCUCUUUCAACAUCUUCUUGGCUUUAAAGCAAAAGGUGAUUAUUUACCUGAAACAACAAGGCCCCAAGAGAUGAUGAAAAUUUUUGCCUUUGCUAACUCAUUAGUGGAACUCCUGGCUGUGGGGUUAGAAACCUUUAACAGAGCCCGCUAUAGGCAGUUUGUGAAGCGCAUUGGAUACCUGAUCAGGAUGACCCUUGGCUACGUCAGUGACCACUGGGCACAGUAUGUGAGUCAUAGCACAUGCAUGGGAUUAGCGCUGCAGCCCUACUCCAUGGAGAAACUGCAGAUUGAAUUUGAUGAACUGUUUCUCAGAGCUGUCCUACAUGUCUUGAAAGCCAAAAGACUUGGCAUUUGGCUGUUUAUGUCUGAGAUGCCCUUUGGCACACUGUCAGUCCCGAUGCUUUGGAAACUCUUCUACCUCAUGCACCAGGCUGAGAGUGGGAACCUGCAGCACCUCUGUGCCUCCCUGCAGCCGGCCGAGUGCAAGAGGCAACUCCAAGACCCAGAACAUUUUGCGAACUUGGAGAAGUGUCUUUCUUCCAUGAAUAGCUCAGAAGAGAUUUGCCUUCUGACGACCUUUGCUCAGAUGGCUCGGGCCAGAAGAACCAAUGUAGAUGAAGACUUCAUCAAAAUUAUUGUUCUGGAGAUAUAUGAGGUAUCUUAUGUCACCUUGUCCACCAGAGAAACUUUUUCAAAGGUUGGUCGUGAGCUUUUGGGGGCCAUCACAGCUAUUCACCCUGAGACUAUUUCUGUCCUUUUGGAUAAAGUUCAAGAAACCAUUGACCAAGUUGGAAUGGUUUCCUUAUACUUGUUUAAAGAAUUGCCGUUGUAUCUCUGGAAGCCUUCUGCCUCUGAGGUAGCUGUGAUUCGGGAUUGGCUAUUGAAUUCCAGUCUGACAGCUGUCAAGAACAAGUUGGCCUGUGUGAUCCUAGAAGGACUGAACUGGGGAUUUGCUGAACAGGGCGCACUUCAUCUGGAUCAAGUUCUGCACACUGAAGUCGCCUUGCUGGUCCUGGAGGCUUUUCAGAAGCACCUGUCACAGAAGCCCUACACGGGGCUUAUUUCUGAGAGUAUGAAACAGGUUUCCUAUCUGGCCAGUAUUGUUCGAUAUGGAGAGACUCCUGAGACCUCAUUUAACCAGUGGGCCUGGAAUUUGAUCUUGAGGUUAAAAUUACACAAAAAUGAUUUUAGAACACAGCAGAAUUGUCCAGUUGUUCCCUUCUCCAGCGCGGUACCUGACAUGACAGAGUCAUCUGUGUUUCAUCCUCUCUUGAAGGCUGUGAAAUCAGGCAUGCCCAUUGGCUGCUAUCUUGCCUUAGCUGCGACAGCUGUUGGCCACAGCAUCGAGAAGUUAUGUGCUGAAGGAAUCCCUCUGUUGGGAAUUCUGGUCCAAUCAAGGCAUUUGAGAGCAGUGGUCCAUGUUCUGGAUAAGAUUCUACCCAUGUUCUACCCUUGCCAGUAUUACCUCCUGAAGAAUGAGCAGUUUAUGUCGAACCUUCUCCUCUUCCUACACUUGGACAGUGGUGUUCCUCAGGGGGUCACGCAGCAGGUCACCCACAAGGUGGCACAGCAUCUGACAGGAACCAGCCACGGGGACAACGUGAAGCUUCUUAACAGCAUGAUCCAGGCACACAUAUGUGUGAGCAUGCAGCCUAAUGAAGUAGGUCCUGUGGCUGUGUUAGAGUUCUGGGUCCAGGCUCUCAUAAGCCAGCAUCUGUGGUACCGAGAACAACCCAUUCUCUUCCUCAUGGACCACUUGUGUAAAACAGCUUUUCACCUGAUGCAGGAAGAUUGUGUGCAGAAAUUGCUCUACCAACAGCACAAGAACGCUUUGGGUUACCACUGUGACCGGAGUCUGCUCUCUUCCCUGGUGAGCUGGAUUGUGGCAGGCAACAUCACGCCUUCUUUCGUGGAGGGCUUGUCCAUGUCCACACAGGUUUGGUUUGCAUGGACUGUGCUGAACAUGGAAUCCAUCUUUGAAGAGGACUCUCAGCUCCGAAGAGUUGUCGAAGGGGAGUUGGUUAUAAAUGCUUUUACCCCUGACCAAGCUCUAAAGAAAGCCCAGGUCCAGCUGAAGCUGCCCAUCGUCCCAUCCCUGCAGAGGAUGAUGAUUUAUCGCUGGGCCCACCAGGCUCUGGCCACUCCUUCUGAUCAUCCUCUUCUUCCACUCAUUUGGCAGAAGUUCUUCCUCCUAUAUCUUCAUCGCCCUGGACCACAAUAUGGGUUGCCCAUAGAUGGUUGUAUUGGAAGAAGGUUUUUUCAAAGUCCCUCACAUAUCAAUUUGUUGAAAGACAUGAAAAGACGCCUGACUGAGGUGGCUGACUUCCACUAUGCUGCAAGCAAGGCCCUCCGUGUUCCAGCAGAGGGCAGUGAAGGGACAGCAGAGCCGCAGGCUGGGACCCCUGCUUACCUGACUUCGCCAGAACUGCACAGGGAGCUAGUAAGGCUUUUCAAUGUAUAUAUGUUAUGGCUAGAAGAUGAAAAUUUUCAAAAAGGAGAUACUUAUAUUCCUUCUUUACCAAAGCAUUAUGAUAUCCACAGGCUGGCAAAAGUGAUGCAGAAUCAGCAGGACCUGUGGAUGGAGUACUUGAAUAUGGAGCGCAUCCAGCAUGAGUUUCAGGAGACAGUUGGUCAGUGGACGCAGGCCAAGCUUGAGUCGCACUCGCUGGCCUGCAGCUCCUCGGCACAGGUGGACUUUACUGAUCCUCUGCUGGCUAAAGAAAGGGUUCUAAGUAACUUACGGAAGCAUGAGGCUCCCCAUCCUCCUCUUGUUCUGCACCCUGUGAGUCCUCCUGUGCCUCUCAUCUCCUCAGCUGUGCUGCUGAGUCAGAAGGAUACCACCCAGCUGAUGUGCACAGACCUGAGCCUGUUGCAGCAGCACGCCAGGACGGCAGCUCUCCGGGAGUCUCAGCAGGUUGCCCUGGAUGGUGAGCUGUUGGAGACGAUGCCCAAACAAUAUGUUAACCGAGAAGAGCAGGCCACCCUGCAUUUGGAGUGCAAAGGCAGUGGUGGUAAGAAGUGCCAAGGAGCCGCAGUUGUAACAGUUCGGUUUGAAGGCAUGUACAAGAAUGAAGCAGUAAGCCAGCAGAUUCAUGUUCUGCAAAAAGAAAUAAGACAGUUCCAAGCAGAAGCUGCUCAGCCUCCGACACUUAACAUUGUGGAAGCUGCUGUGCAUGCGGAAAACCUGAUCACGGCCUUAGUGAAUGCUUAUAAGUUGCAGUCUACACCUGGGGUUCAGAAAAUUGGCAUCAGCCUCUUCUUUACUGUUGUGGACUAUGUCAGCGAUGAGACCCAGCGCCAUCCUCCUACGAGGCAGUUCUUCACUUCGUGCAUCGAAAUCUUGGGGCAGGUGUUUAUCAGCGGCACCAGGACAGAGUGCAGGAAGGUGCUGCAGACCAUCCUGAAGAACAGACGCCUCUGCUCUCUGCUCUCCCCGUUCUUCACCCCCAAUGCCGCGCCGGCAGAGUUCAUCCACCUGUACGAGAAAGUGGUGCAGUUCUUAAGUGAGGACAACAGUGACAUGAUUUUCAUGCUGCUCACCAAGUUCGAUGUUAAGCAAUGGUUAAACGCCACUAAACCUCCUCUGUCUGAUCGUACCAGGCUUCUGGAGUCCAUUCACUUGGCACUUACUGCCUGGGGCCUUGAACCAGAUGAAGAUAUUUUGAUGCCAUUUAAUCUUUUCUGUAAGCACUGGACUCACCUUCUACUCUACCAGUUCCCUGACCAGUACAGUGACGUUCUCAGGCUGCUGGUGCAGAGCUCUGCAGAACAGCUGCUGAGUCCUGAGUGCUGGAAAGCCACUUUGAGAGCCCUGAGAUGCGAUGCCCCAAGCAGCCAGCAGGGAGCAGCUUCUGCGGACAGCUCUGUGCUUCAUAGUGCCUCAGAGGUUCUCUUGUCAGACAAGCAGGUAAUGGAGACCAUCCAGUGGCUUUCUGACUUCUUUUAUAAGCUUCGACUAUCCAAGCUGGACUUUAAAAGCUUUGGAUUGUUCUCAAAAUGGAGCCCUUAUAUGACUGAUGUGGAGACAUUUUUGGGAUACCUUGUGAAAAGGCUGAUUGACGUAGAAAUCUCCUCCUUGGCCCAAAACACGACUGCCAGCAGCAAAGAAGUGCUGAGGGCCCUGUACUCACAGAUCGUCCAGCUCUUUAAGCCCUGGAUCCUGGUUUUAGAGGACAGUGAAAACAGCCAACAGCGGCUUUACCCCUGGCUGGAGAGUGAUGCUGUGGUGGCCUCCAGCAUCGUGCAGUUGUUCACUGACUGCGUUGACUCACUGCACAGCAGUCUUAAAGACAAGCUAUUGCCAGGUGACGAAGGAGCCCUGCGGCUGCACCUGCUGCAUUACUGUGAAGCAUGCACAGCACCCAAGAUGCCGGAGUUCAUACUCUACACUUUUCAUAGUGCUUACCAGACACUCGCAUGGAAGGACCUGCACCCUGACCAGAGGCUCAUGGAGGCCUUCUUCAAGGUGGAACGUGGAAGCCCCAAGAGCUGUUUCUUGUUUCUGGGAUCUGUACUCUGCAGAGUCAACUGGGUCAGUGUGCUCUCCGAUGCCUGGAAUCCCAGUCCCCUUCCCGAAACCCAGAGCAUGGUUGUCUGUCUGCUUUUCAUGAUGAUUUUGCUGGCAAAGGAAACUCAGCUGGUUGAUCAAACAGAUUCACCUUUACUAAGCCUUCUUGGACAGACAAGCUCACUCUCGUGGCAUCUUGUGGACUUUGUGUCAUACCAGAGUGUGUUGGGUUAUUUCAGCAGUCAUUACCCACCAUCUGUCAUCCUGGCCCAAGACUGUUCUGCUGAACGCGUUGUGAAGCUCUUAAAAGUGUCUGCAGGACUCUCUGUUCCUGCUGAGGGCCAGAAGCAUCUUGACAUAGUUCCAAAGUGCCAAGCUUUCACUCGUCAGAUGGUUCAGUUUCUCAGUACCCUGGAACAAAGUGGAAAAGUCACCUUCCCAGUCUUGGAGCAGGAAAUAGCUAAGCUCUUAGAUGAUGUCGUUGUCUUUAACCCACCUGACAUGGACAACCAGGCCCGCCACAUGGCCCUCAGCAGCCUCUUUACAGAAGUCCUAAUGAUGAUGAACAAUGCCACUAUUCCAACAGCGGAGUUCCUCGGAGGCAGCAUUCGGACCUGGAUUGGCCAAAAGGUUCAUGGGUUGGUAGUGCUGCCCCUUUUAACAGCAGCCUGCCAAAGCCUGGCAUCGGUCCGCCACAUGGCAGAAAUUACAGAAGCCUGCAUCACUGCCUACUUCAAGGAAGGCUCCCUCAAUCAAAAUUUAGGAUGGGGCCCCAUUCUGGUGUCCCUUCAAGUCCCCGAGCUCACCAUACAAGAGUUUCUGCAGGAGUGUUUAGCCCUCGGCAGUUGCUUGACUCUCUACGUCUACCUGCUUCAGUGUUUAAACAGUGAACAGACUCUGAGGAACGAGAUGAAGGUGCUCCUCAUCCUAAACAAGUGGCUGGAACAGGUGUACCCAAGCUCCGCACAGGAAGAAGCAAAGCUGUUCCUAUGGUGGCACCAGGUCCUGCAGCUGUCGCUGGCUCAGGUGGAGCAGAACGAGUCAGUCCUGACAGAGUCUGUCAUCCGGAUCCUGCUCAUGCUGCAGGGCAGGCAGAGCCUCCUGGCCGAGGAGAGGCUCAGCUCUGGGAUUCUGGGGGCCAUCGGCUUGGGCCGGAAGUCACCUCUGUCCAACAGGUUCCGUGUGGUUGCCAGAGGCAUGGCCGCCUUCCUGUCAGUUCAGGUGCCUGCAGAAGACCAGAUUCGUCUGAAGCCUAGCUCUGAAUUACAUCUGACUCCAAAAGCUCAGCAGGUACUGACUGCUCUUGAAUCCAUGACACUCAGUAAACAGUAUGUGGAGUACCAGGAUCAGAUACUGCAAGCUGUCAGCUUCAUAAAGCAUCCUGGCCAUUGCCUUCAGAAUGGGAAAGGCUUGCUGGCUCUUCUUGUCAACUGUCUCUAUCCAGAAGUGCAUUAUCUGGACAACAUACGAUAGUGAUGCUGACGCCUUGAAGCCCUGCUGCUCUUGUGUUUACACUGACUUGGCUGUUGUGCAUGUACCUUUGUUCUGCUUCACUGCAGAGCUCAGUUCUGCCGGGAACUCGGAUAAGGUGCAAGUUGGGAGGCAUUAGAUAGCUCUGGCUGUAUGAUUAUCUCUUACUGUCUAGAGAGUCAUUAGUUUUGUGUUCUAUCACAAGUGGAACUAAGCUCCGCUAAUACAGAGCCACUCACAUUUGGGGAAUGCGCCACAGACUCCCUAAGAACUGCAGAUAGAGUUUUUGACGUCUGCACUUCUGUCUCCUGCUCUGGUAAAUCAAGACUCCCGUGCCAUGCCCGACCUCUGUGGGAGUCAUGAAGAGCCCUCUUUUGGACUCCAUUUGUAUUCUUCCAAUGUUAAAAAUACAACUUGGAAAAUUUCUGCAUUUCUUAAAUGUGGGGAAUACACCAGCUUAAAGGAAUUGUGUGUCCCCCAGAGUGGAGGUGACGCACACCUGUAACCUGAGCACUCUGGGGUUCCCGCAGGAGGCCGGGAUGCGUGAGAGAGUCUCAGCAGGUGGCACAAAACAAAAAAGCUGAGCUAAAAUGAGUCAUGCUGAAGACAGGUCACUUAGCCCUCACCACAGUGGACAGCAGAGAUGGCGACAUGUCUGUUUGUGACUGUGUGUCCUCUGGAAGUGCGCCUUUCUGAGUGACGUGGCACCCAGUGCGCUGACGGCUGCUGUGCACAGGUACGUCCUCUCUGGCCCAUGUGGUGGGAGCGCAGACGGCACUGACGCUGCAGCCAGAGCACUGUGCUCCCGUGGGCUCCUCCUUCACAUCGGGUUAUGGUCUGUCUGUGUGGAGGCUCCCAAUUCUCUGCAGGCCCUGCUGUCGGGACACUGGGGUGUUUGUUCUUCUUCCUUUGGUUAAGUUCAGGGGAAACUCACGGACAUGCUGGACACAAGCCCAGGGAAAAGGGGGCCAGGUCAGGGGAAUUUUAGAAAUCUGUUUUUUUGUGAAUAGCCCUGUGCCUUCUGUCACUGCCGGCGGUCGCAUUGCCAAAGCCUGUCUGGCACAUUGCUGUGUUCUCCUGACAUAUGCUGCUCAUGCCUCUUCCUGCAGGAGUUAGAAAUCUGACUUCUAUCAAUAUAUUUAUAAUUCUUAAAAGUGGCCCUGAACCAAUUUUGUUUGUUCAGCUUAAAGUAUUUCUUUAUUCUUAUGGGUUAUGACUCAGAAGUAUCUGUGUAAAAUCUCUGGAUGGCCACCAAGCCCCUUGGGUAAAGAUGGGGGGUAUACCGUUAGUGGGCCGCUUCCCCACCAUUGGAAGCUUGCAGGAACUCUUCGCUGGGAGAACAGUAGACAUGUCUUGCAACACUGAUUAAAAAAACCUCUCUAUUCUGUGGCACAAAGUGCCCUUGUAAGGGGGUAUGUCUCAGCCUUCUUUGUUUUUGCUUUUCUCUAUUUCCCAAGCCAGUCAUCUUCACUUCGAAUAGAAGAAAACUUCAGAAGCUGUAGAGAGUUAAACAAGAACAGUGAUUCUGUGGCCAGGAUUCUGUGUGUGUGUGGUUUCUCUGAGGAGAAGGAAGUUACCAGUACCCUAGAAUGUGAAAUGUUUGAGUGUACAUUUUAGAGAAUCAAUUCAUUUUGGAACUUUAUAAUGUUUGUAAAUUUUGUCUGUAAAAUGUAUAAACAAUAAAAUCAACUUUUGAUUAUAAGCUAUGAAUCUGAA